AUGGGUAGAGGAAAGAUAGAGAUUAAGUAUAUAAAAAACCCAUUAAACAGACAAAUAACUUACUCCAAGAGAAAGUCAGGGAUUCUUAAGAAAGCUAAUGAACUAACCAUUCUCUGUAAUGCUCAAGUUUGUCUCAUCAUGUUUUCUAAAAGUGGAAAAAUUGCUGAAUAUGUCAGUCCUGCUACUACGAUUAAGGACAUUUUAGAUAGGUAUCGAAGGAAGACUAAUACAAAUCUGUGGGAAGCUCAAUAUGAGGCGUUGCAAGAAGAAUUGAGAGCACAGCAGGAUAUUGGCAGUAGAAUAAAGAAAGAGAUUAGGCAAAGGACUGGAGGAGACGGCUUGAGUGAACUUAGCUGUGGCGAACUACGUGUUCUUGAGGAAGAUUUGCAUCAGUCUCUGGGUAUCGUUCGAAAUCGUAAGGCUGAAAGAGAGAAGCAGGAGUCUCGUCUCAUUGCAGUUCCUGCUGGUAAUGAUGGAGAUGACCAGCCGCACUUUACUACGUUGCAAAUGUUCACUAAUUGGUUUCCAACUGCAACCAAGCCAUCUCAAUCUUCCUGA